GGACCCCAGUGCCCUUGAGGUGCCAUAGAUUACUGGGCUGAACCUAAGGCUAUAAAGCCGUCCGUCUGGAGCGUAGCAGCCCAUUCGGACUUCACCAUGAAUUGCUGGACCGUUCUGGGCUUUGUGGUCCUCUGCCUGGAGGCAGCAGGAGCUGCAAAGCUGGGCAUCGUAAGCACAGAAGGUGGGCUUGUGGAAGGUGUUAACAAAAAACUGGGCCUCUUUGGAGAUUAUAUGGAUACCUUCAAAGGAAUCCCUUUUGCUGCCCCCACCAAGACCUUGGAAGACCCCCAGCCUCACCCCGGCUGGCCAGGCACACUGCAGGCUGACAAAUUUCAAAAACGUUGCAUGCAGUCCACCCUCACCCAGACAGAUAUACGUGGCUCUGAAGAUUGCCUGUAUCUAAACAUCUGGGUCCCUCAAGGGAAGAAACAAGUUUCCACCAACUUGCCGGUGAUGAUCUGGAUUUACGGAGGGGCCUUCGUCUGGGGAGGUGGACAAGGCGCCAACUUCCUGAACAAUUAUUUGUACGAUGGGGAGGAAAUCGCCAGCCGUGGGAAGGUGAUUGUGGUGACUCUCAAUUACCGGCUCGGACCGUUGGGUUUCCUAAGUACUGGUGACGCUGCUCUUCCAGGCAACUACGGCCUCAAAGAUCAACACAUGGCCAUCGCUUGGGUGAAGAGGAACAUCAAAAAUUUCGGGGGAGACCCUGACAACAUCACAAUCUUUGGGGAAUCUGCUGGUGCUGUCAGCGUCUCCUUACAGACGCUGUCACCGUACAACAAAGGCUUGAUCCGACGGGCCCUCAGCCAGAGUGGAGUCGGCCUGUGCCCGUGGGCCAUCCAAAAGGACCCCCUUUACUGGGCUAUCAAGAUUGCGCACAAAGUGGGCUGCCCGGCAGACAACACCACCGUGAUGGCCAGCUGCCUCCGAGGGACCGAUCCGAAGACCUUGACCCUGGCUUAUCACCUGGAAGUCACCAACUUACGCUACCCCUUGGUCCAUUAUCUGGCCUUCACUCCCGUGGUGGAUGGAGAUUUCAUCCCCGAUCACCCGAAGAACCUCUUCGCCAACACGGCCGACAUUGACUAUCUUGUUGGGGUCAACAAUAUGGACGGGCAUUUCUUUGCCGGCAUCGACCUGCCAAGCAUCAACCGCCCCUUGGCGAAGAUCACCCCGGAACAGGUCUACCGAUUAAUUCAGGGGCUGACGGUAGAGAAGGGGCCAGCAGGAGCUGACGCGGCCUACGCGUUGUACACCCAGAUGUGGAGCAACACGGAAGACCAAGAAGUCAUAAAGAGGACAGUGGUGGACGUGGAGACUGACUACAUCUUCCUGGUUCCCACCCAGCAAACUCUUCAGCUGCACCGAGAGAACGCCAAAACGGCCAAAACCUACAGCUACCUCUUCUCCGAGCCCUCGCGAAUGCCGGUCUACCCUGGCUGGGUGGGGGCGGAUCACGCCGACGAAAUUCAGUACGUCUUCGGCAAACCGUUUGCUACGCCCUUGGGUUACAAGCCCAGACACAGGAAGCUCUCCAAAGCCAUGAUUGCUUAUUGGACCAACUUCGCCAGGACUGGUGACCCUAAUCAAGGAGAGUCGGAAGUCCCCAUUGCCUGGGUGCCUUACAACAACGAAAGCGCCUUCUACCUAGACAUCAAUCACGACAUCAACUACCAGUCGGUGAAACAAGGCCUGCGUGCCCUUUACGUCAAAUUUUGGAACGUGGAUUUCCGCAAACUCCCCGAUGUCCGAAGCUCAGCCAAGCAGGAAUAAAAAAAAAAAAAACACCACGAACUGCACCUCUGCUGUUUGUACACAAAACGAGAAUCCAAUAAACAGAUCUUGCUCACGGG